ACCCACUUGCGUGUCUCAAACACAAAUCCCAGCAGCACCAUUGGUUUGGAGUAAGACAACAUCAAAAUCACCUUUCUGGGUUUUCAGUUUUCACUUCCCAAAUGGAAGAAGGAAGAGGGGCUGACAAAGGUGAAAUGAAACACCAACAAGAGAACACUGUCGAUUGGAGAGGCAGACCUUCCAAUCCUAAGAAGCAUGGCGGCAUGUCUGCUGCUGCAUUUGUUCUUGGGCUACAAGCAUUUGAGAUAAUGGGAAUAGCAGCCGUAGGGAACAACCUUAUAACAUAUUUGAUAAACGAGAUGCAUUUCUCGCUGUCAAAGUCAGCAAACAUAGUGACAAACUUUGUUGGAACAAUCUUCCUUUUGGCCCUCCUUGGUGGCUAUCUUUCCGACUCUCAUCUUGGGUGCUUCUGGACCAUCAUUCUCUUCGGCUUUGUGGAGCUUUCUGGUUUCAUAUUACUGUCAGUCCAAGCUCAUCUUCCUCAACUAAAGCCAGCCAAGUGCAACAUGUUAACUGAUGGAGACAUGUGUGAAGAAGCAAAAGGCUUCAAGGCCUUGAUUUUCUUUGUGGCACUUUACUUGGUGGCAUUAGGAAGUGGAUGUGUGAAACCCAACAUGAUUGCUCAUGGGGCUGAUCAGUUCAAUCUUCAAAAUCCCUCACACUCUAAGAAGCUCUCAACCUACUUCAAUGCUGCCUAUUUUGCCUUCUCCAUGGGUGAACUCAUUGCCCUAACUGUUCUAGUAUGGAUCCAAACCCAUGCCGGUAUGGAUGUCGGGUUCGGAGUUUCGGCCGCCGCCAUGGCCAUGGGACUAAUCGUUGUGGUUUCCGGGUCAUUGUAUUACAGAAACAAGCCUCCUCGAGGAAGCAUCUUCACUCCCAUCGCUCAAGUUUUUGUUGCUGCCAUGUUAAAGAGGAAACAAAUUAAUCCAGAGCUGAUGAUCAAUGGAGAUCAAAACCGAGCUGAAUCUGGAAAUGUGGUUCAGACACAAAGGUUCAGGUUCUUAGACAAGGCGUGCAUCAAAGUUGAAGAUGGAAGCAAUACAAAGGAAAGUCCAUGGAGAUUGUGCAGUGUUACACAAGUGGAGCAAGUGAAGAUAUUGAUUUCAGUGAUUCCUAUAUUUGCUUGCACCAUUGUUUUCAAUACCGUUUUGGCUCAACUACAAACAUUCUCAGUGCAACAAGGAAGUGCAAUGGAUACUCAGCUAACCAAGUCUUUCCAUAUCCCACCAGCUUCCCUUCAGUCGAUCCCUUACAUCAUACUCAUCUUCCUAGUCCCAUUAUACGACAAGUUCUUCGUCCCUUUUGCCAGGAAGAUUACCGGUCACGAAUCCGGAAUUUCGCCUCUACAGAGGAUAGGCUCGGGUCUUUUUCUCUCAACCUUUUCGAUGAUUGCCGCGGCACUUAUGGAGAAGAAGAGAAGGGACUCGGCUUUGGGUUCGGGCGAAAUAAUAUCCAUCUUUUGGAUCACCCCACAGUUCUUAAUCUUCGGAUUAUCGGAGAUGCUUACUGCGGUUGGCCUAAUUGAGUUCUUCUACAAGCAAUCCUUGCAAGGGAUGCAAGCAUUUCUGAUGGCAAUGACCUAUUGUUCUUACUCAUUUGGGUUCUACUUGAGCUCAGUACUGGUUUCUCUAGUAAAUAAGAUCACAUCUUCUUCUUCGAAAUGCGGUUGGCUUAGCGACAACGAUCUCAAUAAAGACAGACUAGACCUUUUCUACUGGUUGCUAGCAGUCAUUAGCUUCCUCAACUUCCUAAACUAUCUCUUCUGGGCUAGAUGGCAUUCUCACUCUUCUGCACCACCCACCAUACAAAAUGAAGCAGAUGGGAUGGGGUUGAACCAUUACAUCUUGACCAAACAUUCAAAAGAUGUAGUAGAUGAGAAUAUACCAUAAACAUGGGACAUUAUGGCAAUUAUCUACCACUAAUAGUAUUGUAUUAUAUAUGAACAAGUAUUAUUGUACCAUGCAAAAAGGCUCUUUAAGAACUAUACAAGUUGUUUAGAAAAAAGUGCUCUUUAAGAACUAUACAAGUUGUUUAGAAAAAAGUAAACAUUUCAGGCCACCUUUUGUUAGUGGCAAACUGGAAA